UACGUUUACAAUUAUAUAUUUAAUGUGUUAAUAAGACACUGUCUAAUAAAGCAAUAUGUCGCGAGCUCUGAUUGGUUAAUGUCGUUUCCGGUCGAAGCUGUCUUGGAUUUAAAAGUUUUCGGUUAGAAAGUUUUCGGGGCUGCCAGCGCCAUUAUUAAAUGGAGGUACUUGCGCCAUGGUAAAAGUGUGUUUUUAACGACACAAAAGGAUUCUUGAAAACAACACAACAUGGCGGCGCAGCGCGUGACCGUUUCAUCAGAUGGAAACAAGAAGAUUUCAAGAGUUCGAGUCGCGGUUCGUCUUCGGCCCUACUUAGACAAAGAGGACGAGAAGGGCGAAGGGCCGUGCGUGCGGGGCCUGGAUAAGCAAAACCUGGAAAUAGUCAACUGGAGGAAUGCAACAGAAACCGUCAAAUACCAUUUCGACGCUUUUCAUGGUGAAAAGACGACACAGCAGGAGGUUUUCCUCUCAUCUGUAAAGCCCGUCUUGUCCCACGUAUUGAACGGACAGAAUGCCAGCGUGUUUGCUUAUGGGCCCACUGGAGCUGGUAAGACCCACACUAUGUUGGGCAGUGCAGAAAAACCUGGCGUCAUCCCCAGAGCUGUACGGGAGGUCUUCAAUCUGGUCCAUGCAAAAGAUGCAGAGGAAGGCUGGGAUUACAGCAUCAGCAUGUCCUAUCUAGAAAUUUAUAACGAGAAGGUUUUGGAUCUUCUGUCGCCGAGCUCCCAGGAUUUGCCAAUCAGACAGGACAAAGACAAGAACAUAUUUAUCCCAGGCCUCACCAAUGUCACCAUCUCCUCCUUCUCGGACUUUGACACACAUUUUGUCCCUGCCAGUUUAAACCGAACCACAGCUUCCACCAAAAUGAACCAGCGCUCAAGUCGCAGUCACGCUAUCCUUCUGAUCAAGGUUGUGCGGACUUCCCGUGUUUUACCCCACAGGCAGCAGACGGGCAAACUCUACCUGGUGGACUUGGCUGGCUCUGAAGACAACCGUCGCACCGGCAACCAGGGCAUCCGCCUAAAGGAGAGCGGCGCCAUCAACCUGUCCCUCUUCACGCUCAGCAAGGUGGUGGACUCCCUGAACUCCGGCACAUCGGUCCGCGUGCCGUACAGAGACAGCAAACUGACCCGCCUGCUGCAGGACUCUCUGGGAGGCUCGGCCCACUCCGUCAUGAUCACCAACAUCGCACCAGAAUACAAAUACUACUUUGACACAUUUAGCGCGCUGAACUUUGCGGCCAAAUCCAAGAUGAUUGUGAACAAGCCUUUCACGCGGGAGACUGUGGCCGUUCCUGUGUUACCAGUGAAGCGAGCCCGAGAGGAGCAUAAGGCUGGAGGUUCUGGCAGCGAGCCACACAGGAAGAAACAGAAAGACGGGAAAACACCCGAGCAGGACGCCUCUUCACCUUCAGCCGAUUCCAUUUUGGCGGAGCCAUCUGUCAUGGACAGACUGAUUGCUUUGGAGAAGCUGGUGAUGAAUUGCCAAAACAAAGACCGGCUGAGCGUGACUAAGGAUGUGGCUCAGUCUCGCAAAGAAAUCCAGGAGCUGAAGAAGAAGCAGAAGGAGUUUGAGAGUAAAGCCAUGCUUUUCAGCCAAGUGGCCAAAGAAACCCCCGGUUCUGCAGAAGAGCCCGUCUUCAAAAACACCACGGCUCCUCUUCAGAGAAAACCUGCUAGGCAGCAGGCUGUGGUCCAACCCCUGCAAGUGUCUCAGCUGCAGCCUCCUGUCCACCUUGCUGUCUUCAAGAAACAGUCCGUCUGUGUCAAGAAGAGGGAGCUUUCCAGCAGGAUUGAGCUCCCAGACGGUAAGGAGAACAUGAAGGAGAAUUCCUGGGAGUCCCAACUAGACACGCAAAUGCUGGAACAGUCAAAACAGAAAAUCCUGCACAUCUUGAACAGCGGCGGUGUUAAAGAGCUCAAAAGUCUGCAGCAGAUUGGGGACAAGAAGGCAAAGCUGCUUCUGGGCUGGAGAGAGCUUAACGGCCAAUUCACAAAGUUGGAAGAUCUGGAAAAAGUAGAAGGCAUGACAGAAAAGAGAUUUGCCUCUUUUUUAAAGGCGAACAUCCUGAGUGCCAUGGGGAAAUGAUCUGUUUUUAUAAUGUGUACAUGUAUAUAUAUAUAUUUUUUUCUUUACAUCAGUUGGACAUAGUUUUUAUUUCCAAAGCUUUUGUUUUUGUAAUUUAAGUUUUUUUUCUUUUUCAAAGCUUUUAAUGUUUUUGUAAUGCCAGCUUUUUCCUGUGGGUGGCACACUCGUGCGUUUUAAUAAACCUCACGUGAAUGAA